AUGAGGGCUCCUGCUCUUCGCCCCCCGCCUCUUUUGCUUCAAGAGAAAGGGCGAGAAACUGUGAUACCUAAUCGAAAGGUUGUUCAUCACCGCAUCAACAGAACUUUGGUGUCUCUUCUCAUGUUACUCACUGUUGCGUGUUUGACAUGCUUUGGAUCAGCCUACUAUCUCUAUACAACGAGGUGGGACAUUCGAAUCGUAUCUCCCUACAGCACUUCUAAUGCCGUAUCCGAAGUCGUCGUAUCUGACAUGGAUAUCGACGACACGGACUUUUCGAAAAAAUACUUGACAUACCUGCCACAUAGUGGCUUCCAUAAUCAACGCAUCGCUCUCGAAAAUGCUUUGUUGCUUUCACACCUACUUCGUCGCACGCUCCUUGUACCACCUAUUCUGCUAGGAAACAAACCCUUGCGCUAUGUUGAAUAUAAUACCCUCUUUCGUCACCAUGAACUAUCAAGCAAAGAAGGUCUAGGCCACUGUCCGGGAAUUCCUGUCUACAUUAGCCUCCCUGUUGAAUGUCUUCAUUACUUCGAGACGUCUUAUGUUCCUUGGACCUGGUUAGUUGACCUUUCGACACUCUCUGCUCAUCAGUCCCUCUUCCAUAGGCCAAAUAUGUCACAAGCUUGGCUACAUGCGAGAUUCAGCAUCACUUCGACUGACGUAUAUGUCCUACGCGAUGAUACGCCUUACCAAUUUCGCUUUUUGGAUACUUUGGGAGAUUCCUCUCCGCCAACAGAUAAAUACCAGGAAGAUGUAUAUAUCACCGAGCUUGCUGCAAUUCCAGAACGUCUUUUGCAGAUCGGGACGUUGUUUGGGACCUCUCGUCUUCGCCUGAAAAACUCUGACAAUAUUGCUUACCUUGAAAUGGUUCGGCGCAAGAUGAUUUUUGCGAACUUAGAUCUUGUUGCUGCAGCCGAUAGUAUAAGUCAAUCGCUCCAUUAUUCCUACUUGGGGGUGCAUUUACGAUCUGGCGAUGGCAAAUUCAAAACAGCAAUUGGCACUACCGUUAAAGCAAUAUGGUGGAACAUUCUCCAUUCGAUGCUUAACUUUUCGUUGGCCCAAAUCUGCGAUGUGGAGAACAAAAUUUUGGGAGAUAUGUCUGCAUGCAUGAAUUCCGACAUGAAGCACAUUGUCACGGUCAACAGCAAUGCUUUUCCGCCAAAUUCAUCAUGGCCACUUGCAUACAAAGGACCCUGUCGCUGGUCUCGUCACCGUGAACAGAAAUAUGACCUAUUAAAUACUCCCAUAUAUGUUGCGACUGACUUGCAGUUUCCUGAGACGCACCCAGAGAUGUUAAUAAUGCGGCAGACUUUUCCUUGUCUAUUCUUUUUGGCCGACUUUAAAAAGGAGAUUACACCACUUGAAAAGUUAGUUAGCCCUUACGAUGGGGUAGGGCUGGGGCAAUUUGUUCUUCCUUUCGUUGAUGGUUUAGUUUUAGGGAAGGCUGUGAACGUCGUAGGCACUGAAGGAAGUACGUUCAGCAAAUUUGUAAAGGAGGUUCUUUGGAACAACUACACAGCCUCUGUACUUGACUGA